AUGACCACGCAAGAAAAGCCUGCCCUGCGUGGGCAAGGGGAGUCACCGCAAUACGUAGACGAAAAACACCACCAUUCAACCGAACCAGAGCAACCCUCCCACACCUUGUUCAGAAAUCCGACAAAAGCAGAUGAUGACCCCAGUGGGCUUGAGAACGGAACACCAGCAGACUUUAUCUCCUGGGAUGGCGAAAAGGAUCCAAUGAACCCAAGGAACAUGUCUGUGUUUCACAAGUGGGUUAUCGUUACGAUUGUGUGCACAUCGAGUCUUUGCGUGACAUGCGCCAGCUCUAUUUACACAACGACAUACGCCCAGAUGAAUGCCGAGUUUCACGUUUCCACUAUUGUCGCUACACUUGGCCUUUCAACCUUUGUCAUGGGCAUUGCUCUUGGUCCUCUACUGACAAGUCCUCUGAGCGAGUACUAUGGACGACGACCUAUUUACCUUGUGUCCUGGGCCAUGUUCACCAUUUGGACCAUCCCGUGCGCUGUCGCACAAAAUAUCGAGACCAUGAUAAUCGUUCGAUUCUUUGGCGGUUUUGCAGGUAGCACGUUUCUGUCUGUUGCAGGAGGAACAGUGGGAGACGUGUUCCUUCGCAGUGAGAUUCAGAAGCCCAUGAGUCUGGUCUCACUGGCACCUUUCAUCGGGCCUGCUAUUGGACCUGCCAUUGGCGGCUUCAUCAACUACAACACAGAUUGGAGAUGGACUUGGUACGUCAUGAUCAUUUGGGCUGUUGUCCUCAUGGUAUCUAUCAUUUUCUUUGCCCCCGAGACAUACCAUCCUAUUCUCCUACGAACCAAGGCACGAAAGUUGAGAAAGGAAACUGGAAACGAUGCAUACCGUGCACCUAUGGAAAACACGACCAAGUCCAUCAUGACAACGCUCAAGCUCUCCCUCCUACGGCCUUUCCAGCUACUCUUCCUCGAACCCAUGUGUCUCUGCCUUGACCUCUACUCUGCCAUCUUGCUCGGCAUCCUCUACCUAUUCUUCGGCGCCUUCCCCUUGGUUUUUCGAACAAAUCACGACAUGAACCUCUGGCAAGCCGGUCUCACAUGGCUGGGCAUCAUGGUUGGACUUCUCAUUGCAGCCGGCAGUACCCCAUUCUGGGCGAACAUCCGAGCCAAGCUGUUGAAGCAGCAUGAGAAGGAGACAGGACAGAUUGGAGGUAGUGAGCCUGAGUUUCGACUACCUCCUGCCAUCUUGGGUGCUAUCCUUAUUCCUUGUGGUCUAUUUUGGUUCGCCUGGACGACUUAUUCUAGCAUUCACUGGAUUGUGCCCAUCAUUGGCUCCGCUGUAUUUGGUUGCGGAACAUUGCUUGUCUUUACAGGAGUCUUUACUUUUCUUGUCGACGCCUAUCCCAAGUACGCUGCCUCUGCACUUGCUGCCAACAGCUUUGCGCGAUGUUCCUUUGCUGCCGCGUUUCCCCUCUUCGGCAUCCAGAUGUAUGAGAAACUUGGAUACCAGUGGGCUUCAAGUUUACUAGCCUUCUUGACGGUUGCAAUGGCGCCUUUCCCGUACCUGUUCUUCAAACAUGGCAAGGCGCUGCGGGCAAAGAGCAAGUUUGCUGUUGAGACGCUGUGAUCUGCACCAACAGUGCAACGAAAUGGCAUGUAAUCGAUUGAAGAGAUAAUCUGGGGAUAUACAUAAAAUGCAUAAACUGGGCGCCGAUGUCUUGAUGCAGUGUUUCCAAGAUGGCUGGAACUGAAUCAAGCAUCCGUGGAACAUUGAGGCGGUAAUGGGUUAGAUGGCAGAACAAAAAGUGGUUUUAUAGACUAAAAUUAGACAUUUUGCACUA